ACAGCCCCGCUCCGUUCCGUUCUCGCCGCCGUCUCGUGGCAGCCCGGAGUUUGGCCCCGCUCCCGCAGUCCCGUCGUGGGGCGGCGGCGCGGUGCAUGCCGGGCCCGAGGCGGCCCGUCCCUUCGCCGCGCUUGGAGCUGGGAGCCGCGCCUGCCGCCAUGUUCCGCCCGGCCGCCGCCGCCCGGGCCCUGUAGCCGACGCCGCCCCGCGCCCGUCUCCCGCCAGCCCGCGGGCGGAGGAGGCGGACGAAGGCGCCCAGCAGCAGCCGCCGGAGCCCGGCAGCGCUCAGCGAUGUCCGCCAAGGAGGGGAGCAAGGUGCUGCUGCUGCCGCCACACGCCACCAGCGAGCGCGCCGUCAAGGCUGUCCCUUUUCCACCAACGCAUCGUUUGACAUCUGAAGAAGUGUUUGACACAGAUGGAAAACCCAGGGUUGACAUUUUGAAGAACCACUUGAUAAAGGAAGGUCGAGUGGAUGAAGAAAUUGCACUUAGAAUCAUCAAUGAGGGUGCUGCAAUAUUACGGAGGGAAAAAACUAUGAUAGAAGUUGAAGCUCCAAUUACAGUGUGUGGUGACAUCCAUGGCCAGUUCUUUGACCUGAUGAAGCUGUUUGAAGUGGGAGGAUCACCUGCCAACACAAGAUACCUCUUCCUCGGUGACUAUGUAGACAGAGGUUAUUUUAGUAUAGAGUGUGUGCUGUAUUUAUGGGUCCUGAAAAUUCUCUAUCCAAGCACGUUAUUUCUUUUGAGAGGCAACCAUGAAUGCAGACACCUAACAGAGUAUUUUACCUUUAAACAAGAAUGUAAAAUAAAAUACUCUGAAAGAGUCUAUGAUGCUUGUAUGGAAGCUUUUGAUUGCCUCCCUCUUGCUGCUCUCCUAAAUCAACAGUUUCUUUGUGUUCAUGGUGGACUUUCACCAGAAAUUAAUACACUAGAUGACAUUAGGAGAUUAGAUAGAUUCAAAGAACCUCCAGCAUUUGGACCAAUGUGUGACUUACUGUGGUCUGAUCCUUCAGAAGAUUUUGGAAAUGAAAGUUCACCAGAGCACUUCAGUCACAAUACAGUCAGAGGAUGCUCAUACUUUUAUAGCUAUCCAGCAGUUUGUGAAUUUUUGCAAAAUAAUAAUUUGUUGUCAAUCAUUAGAGCACAUGAAGCACAAGAUGCAGGUUAUAGAAUGUACAGGAAAAGUCAAACUACAGGGUUUCCAUCAUUAAUAACAAUUUUUUCAGCACCUAAUUACCUGGAUGUCUACAAUAAUAAAGCUGCUGUUUUAAAAUAUGAAAACAAUGUGAUGAAUAUUCGUCAAUUCAAUUGUUCUCCUCAUCCUUACUGGCUACCAAAUUUUAUGGAUGUUUUUACAUGGUCCUUGCCAUUUGUUGGAGAAAAAGUAACAGAAAUGUUGGUGAAUGUUUUGAGCAUUUGUUCUGAUGACGAACUGAUGACAGAGGGAGAAGAUCAAUUUGACGUAGGUACAGCUGCCGCACGGAAAGAAAUUAUCAGGAACAAAAUUCGAGCAAUUGGCAAGAUGGCGAGAGUCUUCUCUGUUCUCAGGGAGGAGAGUGAAAGUGUGCUGACACUCAAGGGUUUGACUCCCACUGGAAUGUUACCUAGUGGAGUGUUGGCUGGAGGACGACAGACCCUGCAAAGUGAUGCGCUGUAACUGGAAACUGUUCUCAAAGUCUGUGCGCAGAAGUUCAACUUAACAAAUGGUGGGGUCUGGAGCUGUCUCUAAUUCUUGCAUUGUUGAAGAGGAACAAAAGGUAUCCUCCCUCUCAGAAAACUGUAAGUUGUUGCACUUUGUUUUCCACUUCCAGGGUUUUAAGUGGGAGGAAGGUUCUGUGUGUCCUUAGUGUUAGUCUGUGCUCAGUGGGGAAGGGGAAAUGCUUGGCAAUAGCUCUGCCAGCCCACGGAUGCAAGCAGCAAAGCAAAGAGCUGCGGCUGCUGCAGUGCUGCUGCCUGCAGGGAGAAGGGCUGGGAGCUGGUGGGGGCUGGGGAGGUGUUCUGGCUGUUCUGAGAAAUGUGAGUGCAUUUCAGCAAAUCGGAAAAGCAGGCCUAAAAGUACAGAACGUGUUGGAGGAUGGUUUUUUGGCGUCUCCUGUUCAGGCCUUUUGCUGCCGAGGCUCUUGCUGCCACCUGGUGAGCUGAGCUGGGAAGACAGCCCAGGUCGCGUUGUCUGCUUACAUAUAGUUCCAUGGCAAACAUAAUGCUGAAUGCUUAAUAGAAGUGAAAUACUCGAGGGAUUUGUGCACGGUGCUUGUGUUUGAGGGGUAAGGAAAAUAGAGCUUUGUUGUUUGUGUGAGGGGCCUCUAUACGAUAUUCACUAGUUAAAGCAUUGCUUGGAAAUGUUAGGAAACUCACUGUUGGCUUCUGCUAAAUUUAUGGCUGGGGACAGAUUUUCUGUAAAGACAAAUGCACUACUCAAAGCUGGUUUUCUAUUUUCCUUAAUCCCAUGAAACCAUCGCCACAGUCAUUUGUAUUGAGUGUGUCGCUGUCACUUUCAGUUUGGAUUAACACACGUUCUGCAGCGUUAGCAUUUACUGACAGCAAAUUACUGAACAAUGAAAGAACAAUAUAACCCACUUUUUUUUACAAGGCGGUACUUCAAAAUUAGGUUUGAAAUAGUUUCUCCUUUCUCUGCUGCCUUAAGCACAAUGCUAACUACCCGCUGAUCAUAACUAAUGUAAGGACAUAAAUAGAGGAGGCACAGUCAUCUUCUGCCAAGGUGCUUAAACUGUGCAGUGUGACUUAAACUGAGCACUUACUGCUUUUUCAGUGUUAGUAGGGGAAGACAGAAAAGAGUUUUUACCAGAGAACCUGCCUGGGGCUUUAAAAAACGCUUUCCAUCAUUGCUUGGGGCUUUUUGUCGUGUGCAGUUGGCUCGGUAGUUCAGUUGAGUGAUUUCAGGAAAGCAAUUAUGCAGGAUUUUGUAAGAGGGGAGGUGGUUUUGUCUGGGUCAAAAGAAUAAACGACCCCAAGGCUCAGGGCUAGUAGACAAGAUAUAUCUUUUAUUAUACAAUAAAGAACAAUACGUGCUGCAAAUUAAGGCGAGUGUAAGUGCAAAAAGCUUACUGAAUCACCAAGAAGGCCUAUUUGAUUAUAUAUUAUUCUUCUACACACAAGAGUAGUCAGUAUCUGCAUAAAGCAUGGUACAUGUCCUUCAGUUUGUUUUAAAAAAGAAAACAAACAGCCAGGUAACUGUCUUCUAUUGACCCACAAUUGCCAGGAGCAAACGCCUGUAAUCACCGCUUGUAUCACUUGCUAUCAUUGUAGCCAAAGUCUUCUGGUACAUUUCUGUGAACUUCUGUUUAAUUUGCACCAGGUCAAUCUGUGCAAAGGAGAAAAAAGAAAAUGUAAGACUUAAAUACAAAGUAUGUUUUCAACUCCUAGGCAUAACUCUGCAUCUCUUUCCUCACAUCGAGUACAAGCCACAAGGUUGCAGUGUGCAACUGAUCAGUUCUGCACUUCAAACCAGCCAGCUGGUCCUUCUACAGCUGCUCCCAAAGCAGAGGCUGGCACUUGUUCCUUGCUUUGUUAGCAUUGUAGUAUCCUAACUUCAUACAGUUGAAGUUGAAAUGCUUUUCUGCUACAUGGGCACUCAACCACAGCAUGGAAGCGAGACAAGCAAUAUUGCCAUUUAGCUGGAGAUACUUAAAUUAUUAUAUGAAAUCUGUCUUCAAAACGAUUUACUUCAUUCACCUAAAAGCUUGAUUUCUACAGCUGUGAAAGAGGGACUGCAUAAAAAGGCAGUUAGGGAGGACAGACCUCAUAGGUAGUGGAAAGCUACAGAGGAGAAAGUUUCUCACCUCGCUGCGAGUGACUAUGAUUCUGAUGAGGGUAGAAUCAUCUGUGCCAGCUCCUUUCAUCGCAUGAUAAAGUCUUUCUGCAAAAAAGGCCGGGCGAUCGAAAGCGCAUUGCACUGCAAUAAGGUACAUUCUUAGGAUUAGUUCCAGGUCUGUGUACUGAUACAUUGCGGAAUCAGUUCAGGAUUUAUACUGCGGGCAGCUGCAAGUAGCUGUCAAUACAGAUUCUGUUAUUGUGGAUUACAGGAACUGCUUUACAAAGCUGGGAUUAUUUUGAAGCUGAACAAAUAGACAAGCUGUAGUUAUUACUAGUUGGUUGUAUUCAGUUCUUUUCCUUACACAGCUGGUACCAGCAUGUGAGCACUUUUACUGGUGUUCCACUGCUAAACUCUCAGUAACAAAAGUACAAAAGUAAAUAGUUCUCAUUCACAAAUAGCUGCAGAAUGUUACAUUUUUCACUGUUUCUGUUUCCUUUAUGUGAUCCUCAGGGGUCAUUUUUUUUCCUGUAGAACUUUGGUAGAUUAUAAUCUGGGAAGAUCUUGUUCAGUACAAUAGCUUUUAAUCAGCUGUGGCUGCGGAAAUGCCGUCAGUUUGGUAAGCAGUGGUAGAGCUGGUGUGCAGAGUACUGGGAUCACUACAGUAACUCAUACUGAUCCUAUCAGUAAGUCACAAUAAAUUUGAAAUGCUUUUCUGUAGGUCAGCAGGAUUAGUGAAAUCAGAACGAGUCUUCUCUUUUGGUGAGUUUUCCUUAGAAAUGCUGAGCUUUUUGGGGGUAGGUGGUGGCAGAGGAUUGGAAAGUGCCCUGUGCCUAAAAGCAGGUUUGUGCUGGGUCUGAGAUCAUGUGUGGGGUGGUUCAGCUGUCUCUGCCACAGCUCUGUUAGUGGCACUGGCUUCAUUUUGCAGGGCUCUGAAACACAGAACCACCAAUGCUAAGCAGCGUCCCUUGUUUCUGUGUAGUCACAUGACUUUCUAGACAAGUAGUUUCUACUGUAACCUUUGCUGGUUUCAAGCUGACUUUGCCAAGCUAGAUGUCUGUUUCCUCCAAGUGCAAAGUGAAUAAUUUGAAUAACUGAAGUAACUUUUGUAGUAUCAGAGUGUCAGAUUGUGUAUUCGUUUGCCAAAUGGCCAGUGCUGAAUUGGAUUCUUCUUCAAUUACAUUCAGAAAACUAACUCUCAAGGGAUAAGGGGAAGGAAGAAGGUUUCACUUACAAAUAGCCUUCAGGCCACGUUCCACGUUCCCAGAAAAUUCUCGAUCAAUGCUGCUUGCUAAAUCACGAUUAGCAAUCUAAAAUAAAAGGUUAACAUGUGGAUCACAAAACGCAGCAACAUUUGGAACCUUAAUUCAUUUGAAGUCAGUGAAGAAUUCCUACCCUGGAGUACGCCUCAGCUGUUGCUCUCAACUGGGGGAAACUUCUGCUUGCCAGAACCAUAUUAAAACAAGAUUCAUCCGUCCCAAGUUUCCCUUCACCUGCUUGGUAAAGACGCUGAGCAUCUUCCUGAGCUUUUUGAUAAUCCACAGUUUGAUUCUCAUCCCGAUUACCCUAAAAGCAAAGAUAGCAGAAGUCAAAUGAAGCUGCACAGAGAAGUUGUGCUUUCACUGCUUGCAGUACAGGCCCCAAGCAUGUAUCUCCAAAGCAUGAAGUAGGAAGAGUGAUAGCAGUUAGAAAUACGUAACAUUGCUUAAAAGCUACUCUUUGGAUUAAUAUUUCUUUGAAAAAAUACAGCUGUGGCCCAAAACUUUGUCAGUAGGGCAUGGGUUAAACUGUAGAUACAUGCUGUGUAUAUAUAUGUGUGCAUGUAUAUAUGUAUUUUUCCGCAUAUAGCUUCACCUGUAGAUCUCACAGUUGUAGUCUUUUCCAGGAACUGCACUCAAUUCUCUAUCUUGCUUAAUAAUGAAAGCUUUCUCUUGAUUUGUUUCUAGGCUUCAAGUUGCAAAGAACCUUCCUAAACGAACUAAUGAAUUAUCUUUCUGAAUAUGCACACCUGAAAUAUCUCAGGUCUUCUAUUAUAUUUAGAAUUGCUAAUUUCAACUACGAAUGCCUCCAGAAAACACUUGUAGUUGUAAUAUGUCAAGUAGGGCUUAUGUGACAUCUUAUGUGCUUUGGGGUUUGUAUUCUUGUUGCAUGGAUGGAUGCUGCUAAAUGUAUUGGCUGAGAAGGCUAAAUACACACUCAUAAAUACUAUUGUGCGUCUGUAGUGGUGAAUAUAAUAUUUACGUGAUGUGGUUGUCAGUUGUUGUACUGGAUUUAUCGAAAUAAAAAUCAGCAUGAGCUUCAA